AUGAUAGGGAUUCUCUUUUCGACAUGGAUGCGGACAUUCGGUCAUGCCAACCCAUGGUUGCAAAUCUAUGUCGGUCAGCCAGACUCAAUCGCCCUUCUUCUGCAUGCCCUAAACGUCACCGUCGGUUCAGUAGAUCAGCAGCGCACAGUGGGUCGUUUUGUCGUAGAGCUGUUACGCGGUAAGCCAUUGCGACUACGCUUCAUCCUCGAUGGAGUGGACAUUGGUGAGACUCUGAAGCCUCUCGGACUAUGUCACGGUCAGCCACCCAUAUGCACAUCUGCGAGUUUUCAGUCAUUCCUCAGAGGACCGGGAUUUUGGGGCUCUGUAAGCCCCGCUUCCUCCAACUCGUCUGAGGCCGCGUAUAACUCACUCUGUGUCUCUGACGAUUUCAGAGCGAUGGUUUGA